AUGGCGGGACACAAAACUGGUCUUCAAACACUAGUUAAAAUGAAAACACCUGAGGUUCUCUGGAAGCACUGCAUGCUCCACAGAGCAGCUCUCGUAUCAAAAGCUAUAAGCGAGGAACUUAACAAUGUUUUUGCAAAAGUAACGAAAGUUAUAAAUUACAUAAAAAACAGUCCAUUAAAAGCAAGGUUGAUCGCAAAACUGUGUGAAGAUAUGCGAGCUAAUUACACGUCACUUCUGUACUAUUGUGAAGUGCGCUGGCUAUCUCGUACAAAAGUGAUUCAAAGUGUACUUGAACUCAAAGAAGAAAUUGCUAUGUUUCUCGAGGAAAAUCAUAAAGAAGACGGCAAUAUGUUUAGGGAUGAUAAUUUUAUCGUUAAACUUACAUAUUUGGUUGACAUUUUUGAAAAAUUGAGUGCUCUUAAUAAAUCAAUGCAAGGACCUCAAAUGCAUUUGCUUAUACAAAAAGACAAAGUGGAAGCAUUUAUUAAAAAAGUGGAGCUAUGGAAAUCAAAUUUGCAAAAAAAUAAGAUUGACAUGUUUCCACGUUUAAAUUUAUGCACUCGAGAUAACAUAGAAGCACACAAAAAUCUCUUUGUGGAACACUUGAAUGGUUUGUUGCUUCAAUUUUCGAAUUAUUUUGGUGAUCUUGAUUUUACAAAGUUUGCGCGGAUACAGAAUCCAUUUAUCGACAAGGAAGAUGAUGAAUUUGGAUUGACAAGUAUUGAAAAAGAAAAAUUUAUUGAAUUAUCUUGUGAUUCUACAUUAAAACAUAAAUUUCAGACUGUAUCUCUGGUUUAA